AUGUCUAUCACUGUUUGUGACAAGGUCGAAACCUACCAAGCAGCUCUCAUGAGCCUCUUCUCCGGAAAACCCGAAGAUACAGAAGCAGAUUUGUCAAAGCUCCUCCAUCCAUCUUUCACUCACCGCGACGACACCACAACCCGCGACUUCGCCGGCUUCGUUGCACAUAUUAGCCACAUUCGUCAAGUUCUGAGCCCUGGAAGCGUUGAGUUGACUGUUACCCAAUUUCUGCGUGAUGGGAACCAGUUGGCUGAGAGACACACUUCUACGAUGAAGAUGCCUGAUGGAACUGUUCGCAAGGCGGAGACUUUCCAAUUUGGAGAGCUUGCGGAAGAUGGACGCAUUGCUUCGAUUGUCGAGGCUGUUAAAUCGAGCUAA